GAUCAACUUGCGACAGUUGCUCCCUUUCCCCUGCAUCGCCUCCACGAUGCCUCCUUUCAAGGAUGAACAUGUUUUGAUUAUUGCGCCAGGUUCGCAGGUCACCCUGGCGCAACUAGGCCUCCCCGAGUCGUUUACCCCCGCCCGAUUCCGCUUUCCGACGCGCAUGUUCCCCGCAGAAAAACAGGGCGAGUAUGAGCCGUACCGGAUCCGUGAGAAGCGCGUCGAAGUGCAACACACCAAGGCCCCCGACGCGCCCAAGAAGGAAGAUGUCGAGAUGAAAGAUGCCGCGCCUCCCGCACCUCCCGCACCCGCCGAGGAGACCUCCACCGCCGCUACGGAGAAGCAAGAGGGCUCAGAGCCGGCACAAGAUGGGGAGAAGCAACCGGAGACCACGACUACCGAGGAGGUCAUCUACGAGGAAGACCUGACGUCCGAUGAGGGCGCUAUCCACCCCAUCGAGAACGGGCGCAUCGUCGACUGGCCCUGCUUCUUUGCCCUCCUGUCGCACGUACACAACACCCUGAGCCCGCCGUUCCACACGCCCAUCAUGCUCAUCGCCGAGCCGGUUUGGUCGGCGCGCGAUCGCGAGACUAUCACACAGUUCGUCUUUGAGAAGUUCAAGACGCCCGCCUUCUGCUUCAUGGAUGCGGCGCUAGCCGUCUGCUACGGGUACGGCGUCUCCACCGCUACGGUCAUCGACGUCGGUAAGGACAAGGUCGACGUCACCGCCGUGACGGACUUCCUCGUCAACGAGCAUGGACGGGGGAUCGCGUUGGAAGGGUGCGGUGGAGACUACAUGACGGAUCGACUGGUGGAGUUACUGGGCACAAGGGGUUUCUCGAGGGAGAUGUGCGAGCAAUUGAAGCGGAGCAAUAUCACCGAGAUCUUGCCGGCUGGGACGCCAGUUCCCGGCACGGCGGCAACCGCGCGGCAGGGCGUCAACCCCGCCAUAUCGGCCUCCACCGGAAAGGACGACAAUACCAACGACAACACUCCCCGUGGCCCAGGAGAGGGCACCCAGACCGGACAAGAAUCCAAUGGUGCGGAUGAGGAAGACGAGGGCGUGUUGGAUGUCGCAGCCAUCGUGAGCGGUAACACCAGCGAGUUCCUCGCCAGUCGCGAAAAGGAGACCGAAAAUGGUCAGAAGAAGGGCGCUACGGACGCGUCGGGGAAACCCAUCCGACUGCCGAAUUCGAAACGGGAAAAGGCCCCAUUCCAGUUCGAGGAGUUCGUGCGGCUGGAACCCGAGGAAGGUGCCUCGAGCGGCCCGGGGCGGUUCAUCCGACAGACCCGUGAUAUCGAGGUCGGCGUGGAGCGGUUUCUGUCGGCCACGUCCAAGCUCAACACUGGUGACCGGCUGUCCAGCGGAAUCUUUGACGAUAUCGCGACGCAAAUCCAUCACACCAUCUUGGCCGUGCCUGACGCGACGAAGCGGAGUGAGCUAUGGGAUUCCUUGAUCGUUGUUGGCAACGGAAGCAAGAUCAAAGGAUUUACCCAAGCUUUGUUAAACACCAUCACCCAGAAGUUCGUCCUCUCCCCGUCCGGUACCAUCUUCACUUCCGAAAUCCCCUCCAACUUCUCCACGCCUCUCCCCACGGGAGGCACCAACACCCCGGCCCCCACUGGCCAGCCCGGCCCCAUGCAUCACCCUGCAGGCCACGGGGUGAACCCGCUAUUAGUGGCGGCGACUCACUCCAAUAACCCCGGGGCUCCUGGAACGCCCUCCAUGGACCCCACCGGUGGCAUGCACCACCGCUCAACCGGGCACUCCCAAACGCCCACAUCCGUCAAGACGCUCAAACCUCCCGAGUACUUCCCCGAGUGGAAAGAACCGAGUGGCACCAACGCCCCCGGCACCGGCACCGCCGGCGGCCCCGGCGGGCCCAAUGGCCCAGGGGGUCCCGGAGCGCCCAGCGGCGGGCACGGCAUGGAAGAGGCGGUGUUCCUGGGCGCGCAAGUGGCGUCCAAGGUUGUAUUCAUCGUCGACCAGGGUCUCAGCAAGGGUUUCAUGAGUCGGGUAGAGUAUAACGAGAACGGACCGUCAGCGAUCCACGAGUAUGCCCUGUAAAUGAACCUGGUUAAUGGAAGUCGACGUCGGAAAUUGGGUCUAGAUGUGCAAUCUUAGUUGUCUCAUGAUUGGAGUUGUUCGCAUGUGAGCUCGUCUUUUUGCUUUCCUUUCUUUUUUCUUGUCUUCCGGUUUGUAUUCUACGCGGUGGCGUCCUGUCUUAGAAAAGUCGAUCCGUCUCAAGACGCCGGUCGGGAGUCUG